UAACUCUAUAUCUAUACAUUACGAUUAUUCAUAGGGCGACGAGGAGCGUGAAAUUCUAAUGAGCGAAAGAUUUAUCGCGGGCGCUUUGGCGGGUGCAGUCGCACAGACGAUCAUUUAUCCGGCUGAGGUGCUAAAGACCCGUCUAGCUCUCAGAAAAACAGGGCAGUACUCUGGGAUUUGGGAUGCGUUCCGCAAAAUUAGAGGCCAGGAGGGCUGGAGAGCCCUGUACAGAGGCUAUCUGCCAAACCUUGUCGGAAUUUUUCCAUAUGCUGGCCUCGAUCUCAUGAUCUAUGAGAGCCUGAAGAACUGGUACCUUGAAAAAUUUGACUCGCCGGGGGAGAAUAAGCGGCCGACUACGUAUAUAAUCAUUGGCAUCCCACUAGUGUCGUCGUCGUGUGGCCAAGCAGCGAGUUAUCCGCUUACCCUCGUACGUACGCGUCUGCAGGCAGCAAAUACUGGUCAGCUGCCGAAAACGUCGUUCAUACGUAUGCUAAUUAAUAUCGGUCGACAUGAAGGUUACCGUGGCUUAUAUCGCGGCUUCGCACCAAACGCUCUGAAAGCUGGACCGGCCGCCGUCGUGACUGCUGUUCUGUGAUAAUGCACGAACUCAAUAUGGAAGCAACUACAGGUGAAAAUAAGAGAUGCAGAGUUGAAGAAAAGCGCAAGCGAAUUUUCGAAGCACUCCGUACAGCUAUUGCCGUAUGUCGCAGACGCUUUCGAUGCAAUGCGAUAACGAUGUCAAAAACGCAUACGUCUCAAUGGACGACUUACUAAAUCGACUAGGAAGAGAGUGACUUAACGCCUGACCCAAUUUAUUCUAUAGCUGUCGUUAGUGUGCUAUUGGCUCUUCGACCCCUUACUAGUUACCAAUCUACCUCUCACAGGAAAAAUUAGUUGAUAACCGUUGUUGCGUUUUCUAGAAUAAACUGGUGCUAAGGACAGUGCAGCACCGUCAAUGGAGUACAUUAAUAAGAUCCUUCGUUAACAGGGUUCUAAUAACGAACGGCAAGUGCUUCGUUUCAGUUAGAACUAGAUAGGCGACCUCAAAUGAAAUCAGCAAUCGUUUCGUAAACGUUUUUACGCAGCUUUGGAUGAGCUAUGAACGGGCUGUAUAGUAUGCUAAAUGUGGGUAGUGUUGAAUAGAACUGAACGUGUGCUACGUUUAAUGUAAUUUCAACGUAGUCUGGUCGUAACGCAGUAAUGGCUUGUGAAUAUACCUUGUGCAACAACGGUUAAAGGAUGAAUAACGAAGGUGAGAGAGUUUCAGGACACAAGUCGUAAUCUUAGCUGCCGUGGUCCUACGGCAUGAACACGAGGCUACACCUGUAACCUUUUGUUGCUUUUCAAACUAACCCAAAUUUGUUUUAAGAAAAACAAAUGAACGGGUGGUAACGAGGUGGUGUGGAGAAUAGAAGGGAUGGGUAAAAAAAAGUGUUAGCCCAGGAAGCCACUUAAGAAAAACAAGCUAUGUCAAUUGUGUUUUCCCGACAAUGCUUCUAUGUAUUGUGUCCUUAUGUAGAGACUAGAUUAUCCUUGAUAUGACGGUACAAUAACCAAGAUUUUCUGAUCUUUCUCCUUGUAUCGUACUAGCGUCCAUUGUCGUGCUUGAAAAAAUCGAUUACAUAUUUAGCUACAUUUCAGCAUUGUCAGAGUAUUAUCUAAAUGUUGAAAUAUAUGUACUAGACCAAAAAAUAUAAAUAGCGAAGCGAAGGCGUGAUAAAACCUAGCGCUAUGAUUAGUUACUCGCAAAGUUUCCAUUAUCAUCGGUAAUUAUUUACGUAUGUUUUCUUUUUAGACAAAUUCAAGAGUUGCCAUGAACGACAUGUAAUAAGUAUACAAUUGAUAUUAAGCAGCAGUGUGCAACAUUUGAAUGUCUGAUCAGGAAGAGGGAGCCAGAUCUUCUGACAAUGUCAAAGCAAGAAGGAACUGAGCUCAGUACGAAAGAGCCAUACGUAAAGACUGUAAUAGAGCCAAAAAAUAGAAUACAUAAUGUAUAAGGAGACGACUGCUACUCUUAACUGAGAGAAUGCUCUUGUAAUUACAAGACUAGAAAAGAUAAUCUCUGUUAAUUAUAAGAGCGUAAUAAUAUGAUGAGAGAAGUUAAGCGACCUAUAGGCAGAUAGAGGGUAAACAAAUGUUAUUUGAUGUUGUUCACGUUGCUAUAUCAAACACGAAAAUGAGUGAGACCUUGACAGAAAUUCAACUUAGCACUGUUAGUUGAUCAUUGGCAUAACAAAUCAAAAGAUCCCACUACGAAUAUCUGUGGCAGCAGUUAAACAGAAACUUAUUCAGCGAAUGUUACCGGAAUGAUACGCGUCAUCACUAAUGAGCUUUGUAUUUACACUGACAGUAUACAUAAAUUGGUGUAGUAAGACAGAGUGGCAACAACAAAAAAAAAUAUUCGGGUUUAGAGGUUCGGGGACGAUGCAAAAGAACGAGAUGAUGUCCAUAUUAUGUUUUAUUAUUGCUUAGGGUAAAUAAUUAAAUAAAUUAGGUGUAUUAAUACAAUUACAUAUAAAUAAAUGUAUUACGUGCUUUAAGCUCAACUGUGUUGUGCUUACACCAAACCUAGCGUCUAUAUACAUUGCCCGAUAUGAAGUUUAUUUUCGUUAGGUGUACGUACAUUUCGAAUGAGAAAUGUAACGGCUACUGC